AAGUGUGUCUCUGUCGUUACCGACGGUCACGGCGCUGCUCCGUGAUUCAACUAUUAAGCGAGUUCAGUUGCUUGUUUCCGCCUCUUGGGUUGACAGGAGCCUUCUUUAGCAGCUCAACUGGAGUCACUUCUGAAACAAUGUUUGUUGGUGGGCAGCUGUAGAUGCCUAGAAUGAAUCUACAAACCCUGUCACUGAGAACCCUGCUGGUUCUGGGGCUCUGGCAGUCCGGGAGGAGAAGCCUCGCCUCGGCUCCGGAGCUCAAAGAUCAGCCCAAGAAAAUAGCCGUGGUCGGAGCAGGCAUCGGUGGCACGGCGGCAGCGUUUUACUUGAGGCAAGAGUUUGGAAAUGUGGUCAAGAUCGAUGUGUUUGAACCCGGGGAUGUUGGCGGGAGACUCGCAACAGUGAAGAUCGGAGAUUAUGAGUAUGAGACGGGAGGCUCAGUGAUCCAUCCUCUGAACCUACACAUGAAACACUUCAUUGAGAAAUUAGGUAUUCCUCCGAGGAAAGAUAUCCCCUCUAAAAUGGCGAUCUUUGAUGGAAAAGAGCUUGUGUUCGAAGAGAGCAAUUGGUUUAUAGUUAAUUUCCUGCGCAUGCUCUGGAGAUACGGGUUCAACUUUCUUCGAAUGCAUAUGUGGGUGGAGAGUGUGCUGGACAAAUUUAUGAGAAUCUAUCAGUAUCAACAGUACGGCUACUCAUUCUCCAGCGUGGAGAGGCUUUUACAUGCCAUGGGAGGCGAUAAUUUUCUUACCCUGAUGAAUCAGACGCUGGAGGAAACCAUGAUGGGUGAAGGAUUUUCACAGGUCUUCAUCAACGAUAUUGUUGCACCCAUCACUCGUGUCAACUAUGGACAAAGUGUUCGCAUCAGUGGCUUUGUUGGUGCUGUGUCACUAGCGGGGGCAGAUUCAGGCCUGUGGGCAGUGGAUGGAGGCAAUAAGAGAGUGUGCUCAGGUCUGCUUUACCACAGCAAGAGUGAGCUCAUCCACGCCAGGGUGACUUCCAUUUCGGUCAAGGUUCGACCAUCCAAGACAGGGAACCCGAUGAGCUUCUAUGAGCUUCACUAUGUUGGAGAUUCAGGCGCAGCACACGGUUUAUACGACAUUGUGGUCAUAGCAGCACCACUGCACCAGGGGAAAUCGGACAUCACCUUCUCAGGCUUCUCCCCUUCGAUCCCCACUCACUUCCCGGGCCGCUACCACCAGACGGUGUCCACUCUGGUCCACGGCCUCCUGAACGUGUCCUACCUGGGCACCACCGAGUCGCCCUCGGAGUUCAGAGUGUCCGACGUCCUCACCACGGACUCGAAGGGCUCCGUCAUCAACAGCCUGAGCUCUGUGGACCCGGUGCACAUCCCCGCGGGCUACAACCGACCCCCCACCAGCGAAGCUAAAGUGUGGAAGGUUUUCUCUCCACAGCCUCUUUCCCAGCAGCAGCUGCAGAACAUGUUCCUCUCCUAUGAUUCGGUGUCUGAGACGUCGUGGCUGGCGUACCCGGCUUACCGUCCGCCGCAGCGUAAGACCCCUCCGUUCAUCCUGCACAACCGGCUCUACUACCUCAGCGCCGUGGAGUGGGCGGCCAGCGCCAUGGAGAUGAGCGCCAUCUCCGCCAGGAACGUGGCCCUGCUGGCGCACCACCGCUGGCACCAACAGGACGCCAAGAUCGACCAGGAGGACCUGCACACCCGACUACGAGGAGAACUCUGAGGAGUGAGAACUACUUGAAAUUAGAACCUAAAAACAAUAAUUUCCCAUCAAUCAAGCUCAUCAUUUCUAUCAGUCAGGUACCCCGGAGCUCUUCAGAGUAAUUACUGAGAUCUGGGAAUAGGUGACAGGAGAACUGCAACUGUAGCCGAUUAGUUGAUCAAAAUAAAACUUAUCUUCAGCUGUUUUAGUAACUGUUAAAGUCAACUGUGAUGCUAAGAUGUCAGCUAUUCAGUGGCUUCGGCCUUUGAAAUGUUAGAAUUUUUAAUUGUUCCCUGUCUUCUUGUGUAGUAAAUUUAAUCUCUUUGGGUUUGGACAGAACAAAGCAUUUGAUCACUUCACAGAAAGCUUGAUCGAUUCACGUAGUCUUCAUUCAGAUUCAGUGAGUCUGUUUCAGCUCAUUUGACAGAAAUCUGUGCAUUUUCUCAUAUUUCAGACUAUUUGAUAAACAAAAGUGUCUAUUAUAACAAAAUAUGUUGAAAAUAUUUGAGAUUUUUUCCUCAUUUCUUAUCAUUUUGGUCCUGUUUAUUUUCCUUUGGCACUGGUUGAAACUCUCAUUAUUACUCUAAGCAGGAAGGACCCUGAUUUUAUACACAUACUUAUGCAGAUUAUUCAAUAGUGAAUAUAAUCUAUAGUUGCACUACAACUUCUGAGAGCACAACAAACACGAGCAGUCAAUGAGUUUUAAACAAUCUCAGCAGUUUAACCAGAUUCCCUAAGCCACUUUAUUUGGAGAUAAAACCAAAAAUGAGAGCCCCUGAAAUUCUCCUUAUUACACAGAAAUACAUUCAGAGUACACAACUACUUAAACUAGAAUCACAAAGUUGCAUGAACUGAUGGUUGUGGCCAGUAGUUUUACGUGCUGCUUCCCUCUUCCAACUAGGUUUUGUGUGAAGUUGCUUCAUUCCCAGACCUUAGUAGUUACCUCUGAGAGUACAGUGUUCAUUUUAUCAUUAGCAAAACCAAGUGCAACGACUUGUUGAUGUCUGUGUUAAAUCUUAAAGCAUCACCAGCAGCAGCAGCACAAGUUACAACUGUAUAAUCACUGUGAACCUUGCUGCACAUGAGUGUCUUGAGCAAAUGUCAGUUUAUGUUUUUUACUGUGUGUUGCUCCUGUUAUGAACACAGUACAGAGAAUUGUUUAAGGUAAAGUCAGCGACUGUAAUACACUACACUUUUUUGUCAAAUUCAGCAAGAAAAGAAAUACAUACUUGGCUCUGGAAGCGAACAAAGUGGCUCGGACUUGUUAGGGAAAUCCAGCGAUGUGGAGAGACGAACGAGGAGGCAGAUUCAGAGACGCUCUGGAGACUCAGAUGGCUUCGGUUGAGAAUAAGGUUUACUGAUGUCAGGAGAAGUGACACGACCGAUGACCGGCAACACAGUGAUGUGAGCAUCGGCAGCACCAAUUCUGAGGAUUCUCGUCAACCUUGGGUAUAUAUUGAGUUGGGAGGAACGCCAUAUUUAGAUUACGACCCAAUAGGGAGAAAACUUGUCUACUCCGUAACGUCCGACUAAACAAUAUCUAAUCUUAACCAAGUUAUGUUUCUCCUACAGCAGUUGUCUCUCUGUCAUGUAUCUUGUUUUGCAGCAUCUGCCUUUCUCAGGGUCAUAUUAAGGACAGAGAGGUCCUGAAUGAGCUCCCAGCCUCAGUUUGAAAGAAGCAAAUAGGAAAAGGGGUCAAAGGUGAUAACCUGUAGGAUCAUCUGAGGUGAUCUAGAGGUUCCACAACUUAUUUACGGUGACUGUAGUUGACAGAUGCAACCUGCAUGAUAUUCUGGGAUGUCUUCAGCUAACAGCUGCGAGGAAAUACCUCACAGGACUGAUCCACAAAACACUGUUGCAGCUUGUUCUGGGCACAUAAAAGGAGAGUAGGGGGCGUCGGGAACAAGGGGGACGUUAAAUCAGGAACACAUUCUAAAUAUGCAGACAAGUUAAAUGUGAACAACCUCUCUGCAGAAUCACUCCACCUUUAUAAGAAACAUUUUGUCAUUGCCCUUCAGGCGCAUUCCCGUGUUGUGUUUACUGAUCUAAUGAUGUGUCUUUGCUGACUGGUUUAUGUGUCCUCCGAUGACUUCCUGGUCUCUCUACCUCCUCAGCACACUACUGUUCAUGUUGUUAGUGAGUUCAGGCAGCCGUCAGCGAGAAAGUUUUUGCCCCCAAGGCUUUUUGUUUUUGUAAACUGAAUGAUGUUAGCACUGUUGAUGUGAAUCUGCUGGCUGGCUUUUCUGUGUGGAGUUUGCAUGUUCUCCCUCUGGCUUCUUCCCACAGUCCAAAGACAUGCACACUUGGUUAAUUGGUGAUUUUAAAUUAGCUGUAGGUGUGAAAGUGUGUGCAUGGUUGUCUGUGUCUUUGUGUUCGCCCUGUGGUGGACUAACCUGUCCAGGGUUUACCCAAAGUCAGCUGUGAUAGUCUCCGACAGGAUAAAGCGGGUAAAACUAACGGGUGAAUGGAUCAAUGAUGCUGAUGUCAGUAGUGAAAAGUCUUAUGUUUUUUCUUACUACUUAACUAAUAUUGUGUUGGCUUUAAUCACACUACAGAAGAGGUAACAGAUGUCGAAAUGAAGCUUUUUCAAGUAACGAUUGUGCCUUAAAGAUAUCUGACUAAUUGGCUGAUGUGUUUAUUAAAUUAGAAGUAUCAUUUUAGAAAUUCUAGGGUCUUCCUGUGUUAUGUUGAGUUAAAAAAUUGCCACUGCAGUCUGAGCACCAGGACCAAGCUGCAAUCAGUAUGAAGCUUUUCUAGAUUUAGUUGCGACAUGAGGAGGAGAAUUGAAAGUAUUCUGUUCUUGUGAUUAAUCAGAAACUCUACACUACCGAGACCACUUUCAGGUUCUUUACCUAUUUUGGGAUAAAAAAGAAAUUGUAGUUUGCUAAUUGUUUCUUAAGCACCUUUAGAGUGUGUGUUUUUCUAGAUCUUUGAGAGAAGUAGCAAGAAUAUUAAUUGUGCACUUUACCUGAUUCUAAAGUUUCAGUCCUACAUGUUGAUUUCAGAAUGAAUUUGAUUUCAAAUCAAACUGAAACCCCCCCAGAUUAUACUGUGUUUACAAUCACAAUAAAGUGAUGAAACUUUG